AUGUUAUGUUGCAAACGUUUUAAACGUUCCUCGUACAACUGUACAGCGAGUGUAAAGCCGAUAUAUGGAAACUGGUACUUAUAUGAUCGAAGACCUGGAUCUGGUCGUCCAAAAUGUACCACGACACAAGACGAUCGAUAUAUUGUUGUAUCAGCACUAAGAGAUCGGCAUAUUACAUCUGAAAUAAAAAAACAAUUUGCAACAAAUUGGAGUGGAGGUGAGCGACAACACCAUUCGACGAAGUCUUGCGGAAGAAAAUCUUCAAUGUCGGAGACCAGUAUUAUAGUGCCACCUUUAAAAUACCGACAUCGUAAAGCUCGAUUAAAUUUUGCAAUGGAACAUCAAAGCUGGAAUAUUCGUGAGUGGAGUCGUGUGUUAUUCACGGACGAAUGUCGAUUUUAUCUUAGAGCGCCCGACAGACGUGAACGAGUGUAUCGUCCUGGAGAACGAUUUGCUCUAUGCGCCAUGAAAAAGAAAGAAAAUUUUAAUGGUGGGUCCAUUAUAGUUUGGGCCGGAAUAUCGACAGACGCUUAUACCUUCACUUUUUUUAACGAAAUGUUCGAAAAAGAUUUGCUCGAUAGAGCUGAAGAGGCAGCCAAGUCAUCAAAAAAUGUGUUGGUCGGUGUUGCACUUUCACGGGAUAAUAAGAUCAUUAAACGUAAUGACAGUCAAUCGGACGAUGAUGAAUGGCAAUCUGAUCACGUAUUUGAUAGCAUUGCCAGUGACUCUCCCAGAAGAGUUAUACAGCAUCUCUCGGAAUCAGAUGAUAUUUCUCCAUCUCCAAUGAGUCCGCUUGCGCCGCCAAUUCCGGAAGGCACAGUGAUUGCAUCCGAGAAGCGCAUGAUAAUCGUCAGAUCAUCGCCGCGGAGUAUAGACGGAUCUUGCUCCAGAUUGAACAGUGUCGAAAUCGAAUCAGCUCCACGGCAUAAGCUCUCAUCUUCCUCUUCGACUUCUUCAUCCGAUGAAAUCAGAGGUGAAUUAAAAUUAGGAUUGCUAUACGAUACUAACGCUGGAAUACUUACCGUGAAACUUAUCGAGGCACACGAUCUUCGUGCCCGAGAAUUGAGCGGCAUCGCAGAUCCUUACGCUAAGAUACGUUUGUUACCUGAUCGUAAUAACGUAUGGCAAACUACAAUACACAGGCGUACUUUAAAUCCCGUAUUUGACGAAGACUUCGUUUUUGAAGUAACGCCUGCAUCAUCACUGGCUGGAAGAACAUUAGAAAUUCUGCUCUAUGAUUUUGAUGCGUUUACGAGACAUCGUGGAUUAGGCUAUGUACAGCUGCCUCUUUUCUCCGUGCCGGAUCUUGGUACAAAUUUGAUCACUAUCGUAAAACCAAUUCUACGAUAUGGGGCGGAGGGAGGAUUUAAGGCGCCACCUCUGGGUGAAUUAAUGGUCUCUAUCUCAUAUCAGAUGUCUAUAGAGAAAUUGACAGUUAUCGUUGUCAGAGCGAGAAAUUUACCCAUUCUCGACGAUCCUGCCAACGCUAAUCCGUAUGUGAAGGUGUCACUCAUCCACGACGGUAAGAAUCUUAAAAAGAAGAAAUCAAGUAUACAACGCGAGGCUACUAGUCCCGUUUGGAACGACAUUCUCACUUUUGAUAUUAGUAACGACGUAUUACCGAAGUGUGUCUUACAAUUCUCUGUGCUGCGAGCAAAUGGUGAUCUCUUGGCCAAGUGCGAGGUAUCCGGCUCGUGUCAAAGAGAAUUGUUUCAGCGUGUAUUAUCCGGAAAGGGUGCUUCGGCACAAUGGUUGCCAUUGUCAGAACCAGAAGCGCAACACGAUGAUAACAGCGAAUUCAAAUAUUAAAAAAAUUGCUGUUAAAAAAUAUAAUUAUAUAUUGUAUAAGUUGGCUGUUAAAGUGUUAAUCUCUCUACACUAAGUACUUUAACAAAAAUGUUUUAAAUAAAAAUUAUUUAGUUUUAAAAAGAAUAAAAUAAUGACCUUAAUUUGAUCUUGGCAUUCUCAAAAUCGUAUCAAGAUUGCUCUAGAAUGAAUCUUAUUAAUUACUGAACUUGUUAUCUUGAAAUAUAUAUUAUUUCGAAAGCAAAAA